AGACGAUAAGUACAGGUCCUCAACACCUUCUUUGUAGAUCGAAAAAGACUCAAGAGAUCGCUUCAGAAAUAACCUACGUUUUUCUUGACUUCUUCUGUUCACGAAGGAGCGCAUGAUCUUCGAAAAGAAAUCUUUUUGCCAUACUUUCUCACUCUCACUGUACCAGGCUGUGAUAUGUUUGUUCGACCAUAUUCAGAAAUAGGCUCUUUUGGAACGUCACUACGAGGCGGAAAGAGCGCAAGAAAGUAGCCAGGCUAACGGACGACGACCGCACACUGCUGUAAGAAUGAUUGAACUUGUGCACCACAAGCGACCGGCCCGAAGCGACAAAUACAUGUUUCACAAGCAGAAGCAGAUUUUCGACUCCUGAAUAACUCGCAGUAGUUGCGGACGACGCUACGAUUGAAAUGAUUCCGCUUUUACGACCACCCGCGAUGCGCUGCAUCGCCAGCCUGUGCUGCUGGGUGUGGUGUUUGCUGUCCAUUUGGGGAGAGAUCGCCGCGACUUCAGCGCAAUCACAACGAAUUUCGGCGGCUUUCACUGAGCAAUCGAAGAUUUCAGCAAAGACCGUCAGAUUACCAAAUCACGGUGAUGUGCGGUACCGCAUCGAAGCAUACGGCGGAACUUACUCAUGGGAAAGCUUGAUGCCGGUAUUGCGAUGUGUUUUUUGCUUUUCCCUUACUGGAAGAUCGACUGUGACUGAUAUUUGUGCAUCUGUCAAUUUUAGAAAACCAAAUUUCAUCUCACCUCGAUACGCUUCUGUAGAAAAUACCAAUGUUCGACCUCUCCCUCUCAACAGGAUAUCGUUUCCAUCGUGGAACAAGGCCCGGGCUAUGCGAUUGUCGCGCCAAAAUCUUCCGGAAAGAGUAUCAUCUUCGCAAAGGAUCCGCAGACUGGGUCGAAGCCUUGCGAUGUGUACGUCAGCGACAUCCAGGACCUGGAAAUCGUGACGCCCGCAAGGAGAAUAAAUGUCGACGACGUCGACCAAUUGGCAGUGCAGGGAUAUGACGCGGAAAGAAAUCUUUUCACGUCCUUGGAGGGAAUCUCGUUUGACUGGCGCAUCCGGGACCACAAUAUCUUGCAGCACACGCAGAUGCGGGAAACUGAGUAUUAAAAUUGCAUAUUCGAAGUAGAACCACCAAUUUAUGUGCCUAGUAGACUUGCGCGCUCGAAAGUCGUCGUUGCCUUAAAAAUAUCAAAUCUGACAAUACCACCUCCCAGGGCCUACGUAUCCGGGCAGCGAACCCAGUUGGAAGAGGAGGGCAAGUACAGUGACGUCUUGAUGGUCCGCGGGAAAGCGACCGGGCAAACCCUUGUCUCUGUGAAAACCGAGAACCAAAAGGUCGCCGCGAAAGACGUGCUGCUGACUAUCAGUGAGAACGUCAUGCUCUUUCCAACCUACCUCUGGACCAUCCCGGGGGCCGAAGUGCAGUUCGGCGUUAAAGUGUACAAGUCUGGGUCAGAGCUCGCGGACCUGCCAUUCCUGACCCUGCCGACCCCGGAUUUCUCGUUCGAAGCCUCGAAUAAGAAGCUUAUCGACGUGGACAGCAAGACCGGGUUCGCGAGUCUAAUCGCGACUGGCACUGCCGCUUCCACCGGCCCCGCGAGAGCGCAGGUGACCGUGAAAGACAACCGCAUUGCAAACAACACAGCGACCUCUAUGGUUGCCACCUCGGAACCGAGUUUGAUGAGAAUCGUGGUUCGCCCGGACGACGGCACCCGACCUGCGUUUACCACCAUGGAUGAUUGGAAUAGCCUUUACCGGCAGCCGUCUUUAGUCAACCUGGUUGAAGGCAGAAAGUACGUCGCCUGGCUCCAACUGGAGAACAGCGACUACACGACAUUGGCACUACCAAACAACAUCGAGACCUCCUUCGACUGCGCAAAGCCCUGCCCUCUGGAAAUUUCGAGUGGUGCGGACAAGGAAAAGACGAGGCCGAGCAAGGCGUGGGCAAUCCCCUUCGUCGCGAAGACGGUCGGCAAAGCGUCGCUUAAGAUGGACAAAUUGAAGCUCUUCUCGACCAAGCCGGGGGGAAAAGACAAGAAGAAAGCAACUCCAGUGUCUUUCUCGAAGCUGAAGCCAGCAGAGCUCCAGGUGCAGGUGUACACACCGCUGAAGGCCUCCCUCGAGAGUGUGGUCCUUCCGCCGAAGCACGAGUUUUCUCUUACCAUCACCGGUGGCACAGGGUCUUACGAGUAUUUGUCCGACUCCUUAGAAGUGGUUGUCGACACCACCGGAAAAAUCACCACGAAGACUGCCGUCACCGAUGCGCGGGUGACCAUUCGAGACCGGGCAAAUUUCGAGAACGUCGUUGAGGUAAUGACUCGCUACUGCUAGCUUAAACUUUCGGAAUGGUUUUAUGGUUUGUAUACGUCUGCGUGUUAUUGCGUAGCUUUGCUAAACGUGCGACUUCGGUGUCUCGAAAACACAAUGAAAUCUUCAUCCCUGAAUCAAAUGAAUCAACAGGUCAUGGUCCACGUCCGAGAACUUGGCAAGCUCGCUUUCGAGCCCGUCAGCAAGCAGGUGCCCUUUAUCAUGACAUCGGAGAAGGGCGGCGUGGCCAAGUCCGUCGAUGUUCCGGUUGUCGGAAUUCCCCAACCGCGCAACAGCGGGUUAGACGAGAGCGACUGGCGGUUCCAUUCCUGUGCCGGCCUGAUGCCGGAAGCGUCUUUGGUUGAACCGGACUGGAUCGCGAAGGUGAUUGCGGUCGACACGACGAACCCCAGGUUCGGAACCUGCGGCUCGGUGAAGGUCCGACCCUCCCAAACGGGCGACGUCACGCUGCACUUUCCGGCCAACACCGUACCCUUUGACGCCCAGGAAAUUUCCUUCUUCCGCCCGAUUCAAAUCGAAUUCGUCAACCAACUGCCGUUUUUGCCUCCGGUAAUCUCAACAACCACGGCGACCAGCACCACCACAGCAUCCGCCGUAACAACAGUGAAGAAGCAAGAAGAACCACUAACCACCGCAGCGGUCGAGCUCGGCGCGAAGGUGUUGUUGAAGUUCACCCAGGGGCCGCUAGUGGAGAAGACCGGGAAGACGAAGAAGCUGAAGCUCAUGGCAGCGCCGGGCGCUAGUACGUCGAAAGCAGCGGACGUGGACAAGAUUGCGACCAUUACGGAAGAAACGGAUGACGGCUUUCUCGUGCAGUGCCAAGACACGGAGGGCGUUGUCGUCUUGGAGGGCAGCAUUUUCCUGCCGUCCGAGCAACUCGAAACCACAACCCGCGCACAUUUGCAUUGCGCGAAACCCGAUUUCCUGCGCAUUUUUUCCCGGGAGAGGGAGCAGUUCGCCCUCCGCGACGCAUUGUAUCCGAUGUCGGCGGUGUGCGGGUCCAGAAAGGAGCACGACCUCGUCACGGUGGUGUACGCGCAGAACGGCCGACCUUUGCUUUCCUUGAAAUACCCCUCCACCAUGGAGUGGAAGAGCAACGCGGUGGUGACUCCGGCGAAGCAGAACGGCGCGCUCGCAAAACUGCAAGUCGAGUGCCCAGCGGACAGUGCGGAGCCAGAGAGCGACGGCGCACAGGUGGUGAUUACCGCUGCGUACCUGGGAAAGCAGGACAAAGUGACCCUCCGCCCGGCACACCCGGUCGAAGUUGAGUGGCCGGGGACGCCCGGAUCGACCUUCGUGUUUGGGGCAUGGUAUCUGUUCACCAUUCGGGGCGGAUCCAGGCAGUGGCCGCUGAAGUUGUCCAAGUCCAAGGAGCUGAAGAUUAUGCCGUUGAAGGACCAGAAAGGAACAACCGCUGGGGGGCAAAAGGGCGGAAAAACCAAUUCAACCAUUGCCGCAGCUGUAUCAUCUGACACGUCAGCAGACAAGGUUGUCCCGGAAAAUAUUAUCGGCGACAUGAGCGCCUUGAAGCCUGCUAGCUACCGCGCACCGGACUGCCAGAAGAACGUCUGCCGGGGCCAGUGGCACCUGACCAGCGAGGUGCUCGGCGAGGGGGAGGUGCGCAUUAGUGACGACGGGUUGCUUGGGGCGAAACCGAUUGAGCUUUCCUUCGACUUCCAAAAGGUCGGCGCUCUGGAAUUCCGGCACACGGAGAAGCAGGGCGAACUGGGAAAACCAGUUCUCGUCCGUCUUGACAUGUACGGCACCUCCAGUAGUGGUGGGCUCGUUCACUUAAGCCCACAGCUCUGGAAGUCCGCUGGACUCAGCUGCCGGGUUAGCCAGGGGGCUUCCGGACAACAGCAGCGUGAGAUGACGAAGUACACGGGAUUGGAGUUCCUGCGGGGAGUCGGGGACGACGGCUUCUUGCGGUUCAAAAACCUGGAAGUAGGCGACUACACGGCCCGGUGUAGCACGAAGGACAAAUCGGUCUUGAGCCCGGUUCUGAGUAUCAAGAUCUUCCCGCGCUUGCAGCUGUUCCCGGCCCGACUGGUCGGGUUACCACGACAGACGGCGGAGUUUGCGCUGUUGGGCGGAGCCACAUCGGGAACGAUUCUGAGGUAUUGCUUGAUUGGUUCCUUUUAUACAGUGCUUCUGUGCAUAGCAGUAGCUAUCUACACAUCUAAAGUUCAGUAAUCGUGCCUUGCUGAAUUACUCAGCUUGCCUAUGAGACUAAUCACACACGGACACGUCGUCACCUGCAGGUAUACCUCAAAGGACCCGUCAGUUGUGUCGGUGGACCAUUCCACGGGGCUGCUGCACCUCACUUCUGAGGGUUCCACCACGGUGGAAGUGGAGGUUCGUGAAGCCGAGUCCGAGCAGCUGCUCGCGACCGCAUCCGGUCACGUGACGGUUGCUUGGCCGAAGAGGGCCACGCUGAUUGCCGCGCCAGCAAAGCCGACGGACGACAUGAAGCUGAGCGUUUCCAGAAAUUUUGUGGCGCAGCUUUUUACCGCAGACGAGACGCCAUUCACGCCGGCACUCAUCGGAGAUCCGCAGAACGGCGACGGCUGCAUGUUCGCAUGGAAAGUGGACGCGGGGCAGCGACUGCACAACAACGCGCAAAUGAGCGCGGAGCUGCGCGACGGGGUCUUUGCGUCUUCGGGUAUUGCAGCUUUUGGCGACGAGAAACUCGAAGGUCUGGAAGCCGCGUCCCGUGCCAGCCGCGUGCAGGUCGACAUUUCCUGUGCGGGGGGGACAAAUUUGAAACUCGAGCAGGCCAUCACGCUGGGAAGACCGAUCCUCCGCGAGUCCAGCCGGGUCACUUUCCUGCCGCUGCAGUCCGCUUUGGAUUUCACUUCCCUCGUCACGGGCGGAGUGGAGGGUUUGACCGUCGACGUGGCACAGGUACGCGGCGGCAGCACGUUCACGAUCCAGGAAAACCUCUUGCAAACCGGGCCGGAAGAGGGAGACGGGGUUUUGCUGAUGCAGCACAGCGCUCGGGAGCCGGGGCUUGUGGCGGUGUCCGCGAGGAAGAUCGACGAAAUCCGGCUGCUGCACAAGGGUGAGGAUGAACUCCUGACUUGCCAGGAAAACUGCCUGGAAAGGUUCGGCAACAAGAAGAACAGCAACCAGCCCAACCACUUACACUGGGCGACGGAAGAGCAGCGACAGGGGAAACUCACCCUCCCGGUCGGGUCGUCCGCAGUCGUUGCGGUUUCGCUUUUUGCGAGCGGCACGGAGAUGCUUUACCCCGACAGCGGGGUGGAGCUCACCGCUUUCUCCGCGCACAAUUCCAUCGUCACCGCGGAAGUCGCGGGCAGCAACGAAAUCCGCGUCAGAGCGAAGGACGUCGGUUGUUCUGCAGUCCAGUUUACCGUGCAGCACCACAACCAGACAUUCUACGAGGUCUUGCCUGUUUGCACGAAGAGGGAAACGCUGUUGCCGCAGAGUAAGCUCCCGAACAUCCAAGUUGAAGAAGGGGUGGAGCCAGCGGAAAAUUUGCUGCUCCACACGGGCGCGCGCGCGAACUUUUUUGUUGCGAGCAAGACAAGGUAUCUGGUGAUCCGGGUGAAGGAGUACUCGGAGACGUCGCACAAAAAGCUUGUGGAGAAGGAGAUUUCCGAUCUGCUUUUGGAAUCCAGGAAAAGCACGAGUACGAUUCAGAUCGACAGCAGUAGUACGAGUGCGAUGACCACGAGCACGCUUGCCCGCGUGGUGUCGCACAGAAGGUUGUCAGAGACGGAGUCGACUUCCAACGCACACGAGCUGUAUCUCGACGUGAGCGCCAUUCUCCCGGAGCAAGUGGAGGCGUUGUGGUCCGCGAGUCUGAGCGGACUGGGACCAUACCUGGAGCAACACUGGGACAUGAGCUUUGGAAUCAGAUCCGAAAGCUCGCUGGACUUAAAUGUUGGAUCGACCGAUGCUGUAGCGGACGCAAAAAGGUAUAUUUUACUGGAGUAGAUGAACUACGAAGCAAGUUUCUUCUUUUCGACCAUUGGUUGUUGUUCUUUUGCAGUUUCUACCUCAUCUCGUGUUCGACAAAUCGUGCUUCCAUCAUGCAAUUAUCAAUCUGUGCAAACCUACUUAACAUCUUCCAGGUGUCCCAACGGUCGUUGGUCAUCUUCCAACCCGCGUGUGCUGCACUUCGCCAACGCAAACGUCGGGACCGCCGUCGCAAAAGCCAUCGGGGAAGCAAAAGUGCUCUACUGCGGCGAGUUUGAGCAGAGCACGAGCGUGUUGGUCGAAAAGGUUGCGACGAUCAAGGCACCGCGAGACGUGCAGCUGACGACGCACCAUGGGAAUAAGGAUAAAGCCUACAGAAUACCUCUUGCUUUGUUGGACGAGGAGAAACGGGUGUUUGAAACGCACAGCCCGUUUUUCAUCCAGAACACGAAAAUCAAGUGCGCGGGAGACGCAGUUUUGUCCACGUUUUUCGAGAUCAGCCACAUCGAGCCCGGCGACUUAGACGGUGGGCCAGCCUGCAACUUGAAAAAGCGAAUACCGGAAACGGCGAAGCUGCUGACGCUGUCGGAGAGAAUAGAAGCCGUAAAAUUGCGCGUGGACGUCUGGGACGGCAGCAGCACGGAUUUCGACGACUCGAGUCGCGUCACCGCGGGGCAAUUGACUCUGCCAUUCACCCCCGGAUUCGUCAUUUUAGACGUGACAGGCCGGGAACUCGACAUCGCGCAGGGGCUGCGACUCAGUAUUGAUUUUUUUUGCCAUUUCUGCCGUGCUCGAGGUUUUUUCUUCGUGGUUCUGAAGCAAAUUUUUUUCAUCGACUUCUGGAAAGAAUAAGAAACACGAAGACUGAAGAUGGAUUGAGAAAGUUUAUGACUUUGAAGUUGAUAAUGUUGAUUCAGAAUCUCCUCCGAAAAAAAAAAACAGCUUCUGCUUCCCCUGCCGUGUCUCUCCGCAUUUGGACCGGCGGAAGGGACGUCCAGGUGCGAGCGUCCGACCCCAGCAUUAAGGUCGUGCAAGAAAAAUCCACCGCGACUUUGCAGUCCGUCAACGUUUUGCUGCAGGAAGUCACCGGCCGGAAUGCAGCGGUCGUUGUGGAGGGCGAGCAGGGCUUCCUCGAAACGAUACAAGUCCAGCUCCCGGGCGCCAAACCUGUCCGACCAGUCGCAGCGACAAAAACCCAGGACUACUCACAAGGUACGUACAUUAUUUCGGCUCUGCGUGACAGCGGUUGGCAACUAACUGCCCUGCCCUCUUUCUUUGGUCGUGUGGUGACCAGGCAUGGAUGAUUUUAGUGAUUCUUCUUCUACAACACAUUUUUCAGGUGAAGGCUCCUCCCUGUGGCAGUACAUCGUGCUUCUUCUCAUCGUUGCCGGCUCCUGCUACUUCCUGUUCGGCGGGCACAUGGCAAACCCGGCCCCCCAAACGCACCAAAUGUAUGCGCCCCACUACCAGCACUACGACACCCCCUUCAGAAAGGCGGACGAAACAACUCUUUUCGAUAACUCGGGCCGCACGUACCACAUGGAUCCCAGGGCGCAGGGAAUGGAAAUGACCAACAGCCCACAGUUUCGGAGCGGCAGAGACUUGGGCAUGAAUGCGGGCUACAUGUAGCAAGGCGGGAUCACGAUUCAUGUUUGUUGUACGAUGAGACCUCGACGCAAUUACGAUCAGAAUGAUUUCAUACAGGCGACAGCAGUCCCAACGACUUUUUAUUUGAAUAUCACAAGAACGCAAAACAGCUGCGAGCUGGCGAGAAUAAGUUGCUUUUGACGAGUACCAACCAGGUGUGCGCGUACCUGGUUGGGUGGAUUUUGCACAUGUGCCCAUUUUGCGGAAAAUUUCCGGCGUUUUUCUG